UGGAGUACAUGUACUUUUCCGUUCACACUGUCUUGAGAAGUUUUGUCUUUUAGUAUACGCAGACUAUCCACAACGUUUAAACAUAGUUGAUAGCAUUAUCCGUUGAUGGUAGAAUCAUCCGUUGCGUGGGAGAACCCCUGAAAAAUCGAAUUAGUAGAAGAAUGAACGGACAUUACGAUUUGUUGAUGCUCACUAAAAGCACAGCGUACAGCGAGGAUCAGCUCGGGAAUUCUGAAACUGAUACGAUCAAAGGAUUAAACGAUAACAAAGCAGCGGAGGAAACGAACGAUGCCGAUCAUCGCGGGUUGCCGUUACCGCUGGAGCUGUUGAAAGAGAUCUUUCUCUCACUGGACACCGUUUAUCGUCAGCGCUGCCGACUCGUCUGCGCGCUGUGGAACGACAUUGCGAAUUCCCCGGAACUGCGCACCGAUAUCUACCCGUCGAAUCUUCCGCGAAGACGAUUCUCGUUUGUUGCCGUUUUAGAUUCAUUGUCUUGGCUCUCCACGCAUAUAACGCCCGAUACCCGCAGCAUCUUUUUAUACGACGACACCUGUGCUCAAGACGACACACAUCAAACCGAUAACAAUACGGAAACCUUUUCGCGCUGCGACUGGGCGAUCCACGACACAGGAGCAAUACUGGAUGAAGUCAAGGUCCGUAUCAAGCGGUUGGUCUUCUACCGUCCAGAAAUGAGCAGCGUAUUAGCGUGUUCUUCUUUGCCGGCAUGGUUCGCACAUUUGGUGGAAGUCUACACCUCGAUGGCUUCCUGUUGUGAACGUAUCAUCUGGACUGAUUUUUACAUGCGCUUUAAUGAUGAAAAUGUGUGUGGUGUUGUCGCGGAAUUUCACUUCCCGUUGGUCGUUUUUCACCUGCAAACCCUUAAGGUGGCACAGAUGUGGAACAUCUUUGAAGAGCACCUGUUGUCGGAUGAAACAGUGGAUAUGGAACGGCUAACGCAGUGGAUAGCCGAGCGAAUUAAGAAGUCAAAAAGUAAAAAGGUUGCAAAAAGCUCGCAAAGAUUUUGGAGUACUAUCAGAGCACCGAUCCUCGGCCCUCCACAGAGUAUUUUGGCAGGAAAUGGACACAUGACAAUCUUGCUGGUGUGGUUGUCAAGAAACUGAACAAGUUGUGCUUGCAUGUAUUGUCCAGCUGGAUGCGCAACAAGUGGAAACCAUGGUGGGAUAUGCCGAUUCGCCAAUUCUCAGACCUGAAACCUUAACCGAAACGUCAUUUUGCCAAUUGCUGCUACUGGCCAGAUGAAUGGAUUACAAGAUGAUCGUAGCAGCCUUUUAACUUGCAUUUAGUCUAUAUUAAUUUUUUCAUCAUUUUCAGGACAGCUAAUAAAUGUUAUCUAAUCAGAGAAAAUAACUAGAGCGUAACUCAGACUUUUCUGGAGGCAGCACUGUAUCAACGUCGUUGUGCAAAAAGUCCAUUCAUCUAUUAAUCAAAUCACUGGACUGGAGAGCGGUGUAAUUUUGCAGUUCCGCUGGACAUUUUGCAGUACCACAGUACCGCAUUCUUAACUCGUUACCACACAAGAUUAAUAUAGAUCGUGAUUCUGUUUUAAUUUAGCAAAGUACAGUACCAUUUCCGUGCACUAUCGCCGCCCGACCGGAGCAGCACUGGACCAUAAGUUGCAUCUGCGCCCGGUGGCCCUCGUGGAAGGUAAGGAAAACGACGCUGUGGUGGAAGUAACGUUGGCCGGUCAACUAGUUCGUGAGAUGCUCCCAGACGCACAGAUCCGAGUACCACCUUCGGCAGCAAAGCUUCGGAAAAGAAUCAUCCAGCCGGGACAUUUUUUCAUUACGCUGAACAGCGUGGGUGACCGGCAUCUAACAGUGAAGGCGGAUAACUCAGUCUCUUCGCGUAGAGGAGACGAAGUUCAGGAGCAGUGCUAACUGGUCGCUCAUCUUCGCUAUAGGCAACGCCGCCGUUACACUAAAUCAAAGCAGAAAAAUAUGGUCAAGAGCAGCGAAUUGAGUCAUCCGGACGCCCCAGCUUGCGAAGAGAUGGAAACUAGCACUUUUAUCGCCAGCGAGCGCGGUUUAAUAUUGCCUGUUAUUCUGUUAGUGGAAGUCUUCCAGUCACUGGAUGCCAACUAUCAGCAACAGUGCCGGCGUGCCUGCCGUCUAUGGGAGGAAAUUCUCGUUUCUCCACAGUUUGCGCAACAUGUUUGCAUCACCCUACCUCCGCCGAAACUAUACAAUCAAUAUAUAGCACGUUACAGUUUUUCGAGCACUACUUACGUUGUGUACAGUUGCAUCUUGAAGCAGAUUACCAGCGCAACACGAACAAUAUGUUUGAGGGAUCGAGAGUAUCUUCCGCACGAAAUCACAGGCGAAUUGAUCGGCGACAGACCGGUUGAUCAGUUGAUGCAGUUCAUCCAGGAAACACUGCAAUAUGUCGGCGUCCGCAUUAAGCGUUUGGUGCUGUACCGUCGCUGGACGAAAAUGCAUCCAGGGUAUUCCUUAGCGAAAAACAUAGAGGAUACGUUGAAACUGUAUUCUAAUCUGGCGGUCUGCUGCGAUCGCAUUAUAUGGAAGGAAUGUUAUCUGCGCUACGUCGGCGUGGCCUUCAGGUUUCCUCGUACUGCUUUCGAUCUUGAUGACGUGAAUAUUACACAGCUCUGGAAAAUUUUUGAGACGCAUUUGGAUUCUAACGAACAUCUAGAUUGGGAGAGAAUAUUGCGCUGCAGCACUGAUACGAUCAUAUCGACCGAAGAAAAACAGAGAAUAUUAUUCAAGAUGCUCCGGGAAUAUCAAUCCAGAGAUCCACCUCUUUCUGUGAAAACAUGGACAUUGGACGAAGUGCGCAGUUUAGAGAUCACGAAGCUGAACCAAAUCUGCUUAAAUGCUGUGUGACGCUGCUCCCCAGAGGGCGAGGACAGCGGAAGCUCUGAAACAGGAUGAACCGGAUGACGUCACCGCCACCAGUACUUCAGAAGCAGAAGAUAGAGGACAUAGCUGAAGGAUGAAUUGACAGAAGAGUCAACCUAGCAGAUAUUCAAUAAAAUUAUACCGUUUACGUACAGAUAUAAUAAACCUUAUACGAUAAUCAGAAGGUUGAAAGGUACG